CCCCAGCGGAGGUUCCCAAACAGCCGUCUGCAGGCGCACCCAGUCUGUUGUGACUUCAGUCUGAGCAGCGACGCAACACAACGAUGAAGAACGUUGGGGUUUUAAUCUGCACCCUGGCAGCCAUGGCAACGACUGAAGCAGGUUUAUUGAGAGAGAAAAGAAGACAUAGAUUCCCUGCUCUCUCUUUCUCCCUCUCCUCUUCGUCCUCUUCGUCUUCGUACUCUUCCUCCUUUGAAAGUUCAGUUCCUCCAGUGGAAGGAUCUGACUGCUACGAGGGCCUGGGACUGUACUACAGGGGUACGGAGUCAAGGUCAGAGAGUGGACGAAGAUGUAGGGAGUGGGAUGCAGACACCAGGGAGAGGUUCAUGUCCUCGGAUGUCCUUUCAGGGAGACACAACUACUGCAGGAAUCCCAACUACAAACGGCGUCCGUGGUGUUAUGUGUGGAAGUAUCAGCAGCUGGUGUGGGAGUAUUGUGCUAUUCCCCGUUGUGGCUUGGAGUUGUUUCCAGCGCUGACCUUGCCCCCGCCCGCACCCACUGAGCCACAGCCAGCUGCAGAGUCAACGUGUGGCCAGCGCUCCAGGAGGAAGCAGAUGAAGAUCGUGGGUGGGACAGUUGCCACUGUGGAAUCCCACCCGUGGGUUGCUGCCAUAUUUUGGCACAGCAGAUCCAAGGAGAAGGUGUUCCGUUGCGGAGGAAGUCUGAUCUCAGCCUGCUGGGUCCUCACCGCUGCCCACUGCUUCCCCGACGGCUCCCAUGUCAAACAUCAUAACUUCUCCGUCAUCCUGGGGAAAAAUGUGAGGAACGAGACCGACCUCGCUGUGGAGCAAAGCUUCCGUGUGGAGGAAAUCGUCCUCCAUGACGGCUUCGACAACAGCGGUGGGGACUUCAACAACGACAUUGCUCUGCUGAAGCUGAAGGCCAAACAUGGGAAGUGUGCAGAGGAGAGCGAUUCGGUGAGGAGCGUCUGUCUGCCGCCGCCUCAGCAGACCCUCCAGCCUGGAGUCAGCUGUGAGAUCGCCGGCUAUGGGAAAGAGCAACAGGGUUUGUGGUACAAGUCUCAGUUCCUCCGAGAGGCUCAGGUGAACCUGAUCGCCGACGACGUGUGUCGACGCGAGGACUAUUACGGAAGCAUGAUCAGCGAUAACAUGUUUUGUGCGGGUCGUCCCGACUGGAGCCAGGAUGCCUGCGAGGGAGACUCCGGAGGGCCUCUGGUGUGCCAGCUCGGCAGCAGGCUCUUCCUGUUCGGGGUCAUCAGCUGGGGCGACGGCUGCGCAGUGGAGAACCGACCCGGCGUUUACACCAGAGUGACCAACUAUAACCGAUGGAUCGGGGAGAAGACGGGGCUGUCCUCCAUCGCUGCCGGAUCCAUGGUUCCUCAGAAGUGAACCUGAGGACCUGGACUUGAACUGCAGCUGGUUUCUCAUUUUCUUGUUGGACUUAAAGAAUAAAGCUGAAAUAUUUUAUAUUUCUCUUAACAAAUCCCACAAAUCCCAUGAAAGAUCAAAACCAAGAAUGACUCAUACUAACAAGCAUUAUCAGUUUUUUUUUAUUAUCUAAAACUUGAUAUAUAUAUAUAUAUAUAUAUAUAUAUAUAUAUAUAUAUAUAUAUAUAUAUAUA